GAAGCCUAUGGGGAGCGUGCGUCGCGUCACUUCCGGCCGCGCUCUGCGCUUCCGCUGCGUCUCGGUGGUUCCGGCCUGAAAGUGACUUUGAGCGGGGACGGGCCAUGGCUGAGGACAUCCAGGCCAAGCUGAAGCGUUACAAGACGGCUCCAUUCGACAGCCGCUUCCCCAACCAGAACCAGACCAAGAACUGUUGGCAGAACUACGUCGAUUUCCAUCGGUGCCAGAAGGCCAUGGCUGCCAAAGGGGCCGAUGCUGCUCCUUGCCAAUGGUACUAUAGGGUCUACAAGUCCCUGUGCCCUAUUUCUUGGGUGACAACCUGGGACGAGUACCGUGAAGAAGGGAUCUUCCCAGGCAAGAUCUGAGCAUCUCCAGCCCCAAGGGGGAGGUGACCCCGGUGUCACCAUGGUGGUGGCAGCUGAUGGGGGCCACCACGGGGCUGGAAGGGGGCAACGUUGUCACCUGCCUGCUGGCCAAUAAAGGAUUCAACUGCUC